UUUAAAGCUGUGAUUAGACACAAUGUCUUCACAGAAGCUCAGUCCAAGGUUCACCCAAAUCGUUCUCAGCCAAGCCAGCAGCACCCUCACUGCUCCAUGAUCCUCCUGCUCCCUCUGCUGACCGCCCUGGUGCUGUGCUGCUAUGUGCCAGCUGGAUCUGCCCGCUGUGACCUGCCUCAGAACUUCAUCCUGCUUAGCCGGAAGAUCCUUGAACUCCUGGACCAGAUGAGGAGGAUCUCCACUUUCUUGUGUCUGAAAGACAGAAGAGACUUCCGAUUUCCCAAGGAGAUGAUGACCGGCAACCAGGUCCAGGAGGCCCAGGCCAUAUGGGUCCUCCAUGGGAUGCUGCAGCAGAUCCUCACCCUCUUCUAUACAGAGCAUGCCUCCGCUGCCUGGAACGGGGCCCUCCUGGACCAGCUGCAUUCUUUGCUGUAUCAGCAGCUGGAAGCCAUGAAGAUCUGCAUGGUGCAGGAGGCUGGAGGGGAAGAAUCUGCCCUGGCAACUGAAGACCUGACCCUGAAUCACUCCUGGAGGACCUUGAUGAAAUACUUCCAGGGCAUCAGUCUCUACCUGGAGGAGAAGAAGUACAGUGACUGUGCCUGGGAAAUUGUCAGGGUGGAAAUCAGGAGAGUUGUUUCUUUCUCAUUAAGGUUGCAACAGAGGUUAAGAAGCAAGAAUGGAGAUCUGGGUUCAUCUUGA